AAGUCUUUUACCCAAUCAGGUCAAACGCACACUGCUCUGCUCCUCUGACGGUCAGAAUCAGAAACAUGGCGUUACGGGAGCUAUCAUCGCUGGAGAAAUACUUAGGAUUGAAAAAGCCGAACAAGUACAGUACACAGGGGGAUAAAAAGAUACCUGUGCUACAGAAUAAUAAUGGUCCUCCACUGGUAGGGCUGGUGACUAUCGCCUGUCACCUGGCGAAAGAGGCCAAGCGCCCAAACCUGUUGGGAGACUGUGCAGAGAGCAGGGCGGUGGUGCAGCAGUGGCUGGAGUACAGAGUCACCAAGCUGGACGGAUGCUCAAAGGAAGACACCAAGACCAUCCUGAAGGACCUCAACCUCUACCUGCAGGACAAGGUCUACAUGGCUGGCAACCAGUUCACCUUAGCUGACGCUUUCAUGUACUAUGGAAUCCAUCCUCUCAUAGUGGACUUGGCCAUCCAGGACAAGGAGCAGUAUGUGAAUGUGACGCGAUGGUUCGACCACAUUCAGCACUACCCCGGCAUCCGACACCACCUCCCUCCCGUAGUUGUGCCCAGGAACAGAAGAGAUUACAUCCGCUCUCUGUCCCACUUCCUCACCACCAGUCGUGUGGGCAGCAGUGAGCAGUUGAGCGUCAGCCCCGGAGUCAGAGAUCAGAGUGAGGCUCCAAUCAGUCCCACUACCACCACUGUUGAUGCUGCAGGCCAGAGAGAGGGCAGCGGGCUCACCAGCUGCCACACAGAGCCAGCCAGCCAAGGCCAGAACUCCAGACCCCUGGGCGACAGUCAGCCACUGUGUGUCAUUUCAACCCUCGCUCUCCCACGGGGCUACUGGCGAGAGAAGGACGAAGGGAGGCAGCCAGGGAGGGAGGGAGGCCAUAGAGAGAGGAAAAAGAGCACCCACAGGCCGAGGGAUCUUUUUGUAACGUGA